UCUGCAGACUCUGUCAGGCUGGUGCAUGGGACUAGUCUGUGCUCAGGCAGACUGGAGGUGAGGUUUAACCAGUGGUGGUCCUCAGUGUGUGAAGCUGUCUUUGACCAGCAGGAUGCAGAGGUGGUCUGUAGGGAGCUUGGCUGUGGACCUCCUUCAGUCUUCCAGGGGGCCCUCUAUGGAGAAGUGGAGGCUCCGAUGUGGAUCAAAGAGUUCCAGUGUGAAGGUCAUGAGUCUGCUCUCCUGGACUGUAGAAGGCCAGGCUCAGAUAGAAACACCUGCUCAACUGGCAAAGCUGUUGGACUCACCUGCUCAGAGCCUGAUGCUGUCAGGUUGUUAGGAAGAGACAGUCGCUGUGCAGGAACACUGGAGGUGAAACGUCAGGGAGACUGGAGACCAGUGGGUGCCGGUUUCCGCAGCCGUGUUUUCACCCCGAAGACAGUAGCUGUUGCCUGUGAAGAGAUGGACUGUGGCUCUGCUGUUUCUGUAGAAAAGAGAGAGUCCUCAGUAAGAUCUGUGUGGAGUAUCAUCUCUGACUGUGUUCUCUCUGGAUCUACUCUGAGGGAGUGUGCAACAUUAGAUCAAAGUUCCUCAAUCAUUUAUCUCACCUGCUCAGACCUGCUGCUUCAGCCCAACAUCUCUGUGUCCUCCUCCAUGGAUGGGGUCUCCAAGGCCCAGCAGCAGGGGGUCGAAGUGUCUAGGGGCUCCACCUUCACCAUCACCUGCUCCAUCCAGCCACAGUACCCAGGAGGCUCCUUCCAGCUCACCUUCACCUCCUCCAACUCAUCACACAACUACACUCAGCCAGCUGUCAAUCACUCUGCCCACUUUCUGUUUCCUGCAGCAGAGCCCGCCCACCAAGGAAGUUACAGCUGUGUUUAUCACGUCUAUGUUGUUGCUCAUAACUUCUCCUCUAAGAGCGGUCUGCUCUCUCUCACUGUCUCAGAUCCAACACUUUUUAUCAUCCGAGUGGUCGUCCUGCCGCUGUCUCUGCUGUUGGUGAACACUGCCCUUUACUUCUACUGUAAGGCCAGCAGGGGGCAGAGUGCGGGCAGACAGGAGAAUAUUGAGCUGUAUUAUUGUAACCUGGAUGUUCGAAGGAGGGCCAACUGAAGAGGAAGGAGCUCAGGGAGCAGAGUAACAUCUCCAAGGAGCUCAUCUCACAUUUCUGACACACAACCCACCAUCAGCUCGUUUUGAUACACAUGUUCCCUUUAAACAAUAAGACCGGAAUUAUUAUAUUUUUUAUUAUAUUUUUCAAUCUGUCAAUAUGAAAAGACCAAACCAACAAGGUGUUAGUCUCUUCAUACUUUCUGACUUCCUGUCUGUGGCUCUUAGCUGCACCUCACAGAUCUAACGUUUAAUUUGAAAACUAGACUUGAAGGCAGGUAUAUUGGAGUCCAAGCAGCCAACGCAAUUUGAAACCAAAGCCACACUGACCCAGGAAACAAUGUUCACCAAAUAAUGUUAGAUAUUGAAUUUCAUUGUCAUGUAUUGUCCAAAUUCUGUAACACAAUACUUGACGUGAAAAUCAAUUUUGGUGAUAAAUUUAACACUUGCUUGCUCGCCAAAGUGGGUGUCCCAUGUACAAAGGCUGUGUCCUUAUCGCAGCCACCGGGUUCAAUUCCAACCCGCUGCCUUUUGCUGCAUGUCAUCCCUCUCUCUUCCCCUUUCACUCUUAAGUUGUCCUAUCAAAUAAAGGCAAAAAAAAGUUAACAACUGAAUUGUGAGAUGACAGGAAAAACAUGUUACAGAGCUGUGUAUUCUUAAUCCGCUCCCGGGUUCCCAGAACCUGCAGUUUAUUUAGUAUUUUGACCACCUGCUCCCACACGCAGCAAAGUUAAAACUGCCUGCUCCUUCAAGAUUUGUGUUGAUUCCUGCAGGAUCCCACUCCCAAUACAGCCCUUUAUUACAGAGCCACCUGCUGUUAGAUCUGUGAUCUGGAGCACAUCCAGUCUGUGAUAGCCUGACAUCACCAGACCAAAUCACAAAUGCAAAUCAGUCCAGAACCUCUCAGUUCUCUCAGUUGUCUAUUUCCGAGCCGUGUUAUCGGCGGCCGUGGCCCAAAAUGCCUCUGGAUGCAACUGGAUACACAUAUAACCAAUCACAGAAACAGUGUGUGAUGUAAGUUAACGCUUUAAAACAGAUGACAGCAUGCAGAGAUGAGCUGUGAUGGUGUGGCAUCAAUAUGUCUGUGAACGAGUAUUGCAGUUAAUCAUGCUUUUGUGAAAUCCUGUUGGAAGUACAGCAAUCAACAAAAUGUUUAAAUGCAGUUGAUUGUUCUUUAAGUGAAAAUGUACCGUCUAAUUCGUUCAAUACUGAUGUGACAGCGGCUUCAACAGAAAGGUCCACAACAGCUGUAACCCUUUUUGUUGUUUUCAGAAAGGUCUAACCGGUGCUUCUCUUUAUCGUCUCCAUCUCAAACAUGUCCCAUAUUAGAUAAACGUCUGUGAUUGGCUGUCAGAUCUGAGGUUGCUAGAAAUCUGUCGAAGCACCUGAGGCAUCUGCCAGAGCAAAUACAAUAUGAGCUUUUACAUUAAUGUGGUUCCCAGGUAAUGUUGGUGAACCACAUCUGGUCCAGUGAUGAGUAUCUCUUGGUGUUCGUGAUGAAAAUACAAUUUUGCAUAAUUUUGGACUUAAAGCUGGGGUAAGGUGUUGUAUUUUGAUGUCUCUGGGCAAAUAUCCCAUAAUUAACUUGAAGUAUAUUGUAAUUCAAGUGGUCUGCGAGAAAACUAGACCUCUGCACCUCCUCUUGGCUCAGUUUUCAGGCUUUGGAACAGUUAGCCCGUGACUGGAGGAUCUGGCCAAUCACAGGUCAUUUCAGAGAGAUGGCGUUCCUAUUGGCUGUUCAACAAAUGCAGAUGCGCAUGCAUGUGUCUUUGGUGAAAGCCUGUUUCAAUGGCAGAGAAUCCUGCAGAGAAAGUUGCUAUUCCAGCAUUGGCAAUAACUACCUGCACUGCAAAGCAGCCCAAAAAAGGAAAAUGGAAGCCUGUAGCUCCAUUCCUCUAAUGGAGCUACAGGCUCACAGCUGCAGCUUCAAGUUUCAUUUUUGGUCUGAGAAACAGAAUAAGAGAGAGUGGGACAAGGAGGGUCAGAGUGAAUGUGCUGCGCGUUACAAUGAAUUUAGAUGAAAUAAAUCCCUGUAAAGGGAAACACUGGGUUACUGUAUGAAGUGUAGAAGCGAAAAUCAGUGCCUUGAAGUGGGCCAGAUGGCACCCGACCUCGUCUCCUACUUCUCCUGCAGAUCGUCCUCUGAUGUGGAUUUAGUACCUUAGGUUCAGUUGGCAAACACUUAGAGAAUCACUGGAGUCAAAUAGAAUCUGGUGCAAUCGAGUUUAAUGUGUUCACAAGCAGCAACACAUACAACUCAUUGAGUUAGGCUCCGGAGCACGACUGAAGUUUCACUCUCUGCGCUCUUCCUUUUAUGCUGGUGAAGAUUCGAGAGAAUCUCCACCCUUUUCCUUUAAUCCUUCCCACCUAGACCCAAACCUAUUGGUGGCAGAUCUUUUUCUUUUUAGCCUUUUUCCAUCUGGUCCAAAUCUAUUGGUAGCAGGCCCCUUGGGCCCUUGCCCAAACAUGACCUAGGCCUGGAAAUCCCCAAAUUCUCCCACCAUUAGGUUCGGGGCUGGUUUCACUUUAUUUUUUUAAAAAUGUAUGAAACCUGGGGACUUUCUCUAUACAGUCCCCUGUGCUUUCAUGCAAUGUGAGCUUUUGAGUGUGUGUCAUACAAUACAAACA